ACAUCGCCAACUUCCGCAUUGUCUGCUGUCACCAACUGGCUCCACAUAAAAACAUGAAUCUUUAGCAUAGCAACACAGAGAGAUUAGUACAUUUAUUGUGACAUUACAGGCAUUCUGUUGCUGUCAUUUUUUGCCGGCGCCUCGUAGCAAUUCUAAUAUAUGUGCCAGUAGCACGUUAGCAUCCAUUCAGUGUAAAUUGCGAUGCCCCUCGCCCCUGCUAACCAGUCUCAGCUAAUUCGGGCCGGUCAGAAGGACGAAUAUUACCAAACCUUCCUCAGAAACAACGCAAAUGAAGCCUUUCAAACGCUUACGGGAUCAAAAACAUGGUUGGACUGGAGGAAAGAAGUCGAGCUGCUUUCAGACGUGGCCUAUUUUGGUUUAACGACACUCAUAGGCUACCAAACCCUGGGUGAGGAGUAUGUCAACAUCAUCCAAGUUGACCCCAGCCGAAGACGAAUCCCCACGCCAGCCAGGCGAAGCCUCUUUGUCUUCUGUCACACAUUCCUGCCGUACCUCUUGGACAAGGUCUUGGUGUGUUUGGAGAACGAGCUAGAAGGAGGACAGGAGCCAGACUGCGGAAUCAGACGGCGGCAGGUAGCAUCGGGGCCGUGGAGCCUGGAGCGUUGGCUGAGAAGAUGCAUGCAGAGGGCAGUGGGAGUUUUGUCAGAGCCCCAGAGGAGAAAGUGUCUGCCGGCUGUGUUUGUCCUCCAGCAGACACUGAGCCUCCUGCACAGAUUCCACGUGGCUCUCUUUUACAUCAGUGGCCUUUUCUAUCAUCUGUCUAAGAGGACUGCUGGAAUCAGCUACCUUCGUGUCACGGGGCUGAGGAGCGAUGACAGGACCAUCAGGAGCAGCUACAGGCUGCUGGGAACCGUGUCCCUCAUCCAGCUGCUCCUUACGUUGUGUUUGCAGCUCAAUAACUUCAGACAGAGACGGAGAGCCAGGCAGGAGUGGAAGCUCUACAGAAACCUUACUGGCAGCCCAGAGCAAACCCAGACGUCAGGGUCCAGGGCUGCUCGCUGCAUCCUCUGCCUGGAGGAGCGCAGACACCCGACCUCUACUCCCUGCGGACAUCUUUUCUGCUGGGAGUGUGUCACAGAGUGGUGCAACACCAAGAAAGGAAUCAUGUCUAUGGUGAAGUUAGAGGAGUGCCGGGAGAAGAUUCGCGAAGAGCUGAACAACAUAGUGGACUUCUGGCUCAAAUACUCCCAUGACACCGUUUAUGGGGGAUUCUUUAAUUGUAUUGGAAAGAAUGGGAAGGUUUAUGAUGAACUGAAGUACGUCUGGUUGCAGGGUAGACAGGUGUGGAUGUACUGCCGCCUGUACAGAACGAUGGAGCGUUUCCACAGGCCUGAAGUCCUUGAAGCAGCCAAAGCUGGAGUGACUUUCCUCAGGAACUUUGCCCGUGUUUCCAGCAGCAGUGGUCAGAUGAAGUGCGCUUUCUGCUUAACACGAGAUGGUAAAGCAGUGAAAGUACAGAGGACCAUAUUCAGCGAGUGUUUCUACAUCAUGGCCUUAGAUGAACUCAGCAGAGUCACUGGAGACAAGGACAUGCAGCGAGAGGCUGAAGAGAUGAUGGCGCAGGUCAUCUUCUGGGUUCAGGUUGACCCAACAGGUCUGGGCCGGCCCAAGCUGCCUGGAGACAUACCUACCAACAGCAUGGCUGUUCCGAUGAUGCUGCUGUGUUUAGUGCAGCAACUCACAGAGGGCCGAGAGCAGGAGGUAGUCCUGAAGUACAAGAAGCUGGGCAGCUGGUGUGUACAGCAGAUUCUCAAACAUAUCCAGAGAGGUGGCACAGCUAUCUUAGAAAACGUUUCAUUGGAGGGAACAGAGUUGCCAGGUUGUCAAGGCCGGCUGCAGAAUCCAGGCCAUGCCCUGGAAGCAGGCUGGUUCCUGCUUCAGUACAGUAAGGAAUGGGGGGACAUGGAGCUGCAGGGGACAGCCAUCGAUAAGUUUGUGGAGUUACCCUUUCAAUACGGCUGGGAUAAAGAGCAUGGCGGCAUCCUCUACUUCCUUGAUGUGGAUGGCCACUGUCCAACGCAGUUGGAGUGGAAUAUGAAGCUGUGGUGGCCUCACUGUGAAGCUCUCAUCGCCUUCCUCAUGGCCUACAGCCAAACCAAAAGACCCCAACUGCUGGAGAGAUUCUCUCAGGUUUACGAAUACACGUUUAGCCACUUUUCUGAUGCCCAGAAUGGCGAAUGGUUUGGCUAUUUGUCCCGAGACGGAAAAGUUGUUGUCGAUUUUAAAGGAGGCCCCUUUAAGGGACCCUUCCAUGUGCCUCGCUGCCUGUAUAUGUGUGAGCGGAUUCUGGAUGAUCUCCUGAAGAACACAGCGUGACCUUUCUCGCCAUUACGUUUUACAAUGAAAGGGAGCGCAUCCAAAAAGCCAGCGUCUUUUUUUUAGUAUCUUCAGUUGCACAAUGAUACAGUUUUAUGAAAUAAAACACUCCUGAGGAGUCACUUAAAGGGGGACAGCUGGUAUUCAGCAUUGUUUUUUACGGUUAAUAAAAAUAUAUAUAUAUAUGCAUGCUGCAUGUAAAACCCAAAUUAACUUUAAAGCAGUGUUUGCCAAGGAGAGAACGUGAGCAACACAACACAACUACGCUCUAUCUUGAACUCAUGUAUUCAUAGUAAUGUACAUUAUGUCUAAGUAAUAUCCAUGACAUUAUUGUCCUUGAAAACAAAAUCCCUAAAACCAUUGUUACAGUGCCUGACCAAAGUCUUAUCCAGGUCGUAGGAACAAUAAAUAAUAACUUUUUAUGCUUGUAAUAUCAAAAUAA